AAUCCUUCAUUGAGACCAGAGACCAGUUGCCUCAUAUAUAAUAAAUAGCCUAGUCAAGCCGAAUCUUGUUUCAUUCAAACAGACAUCUCCGCACUGGUCCUGUCUGAGUGGACAUCCUCAUAAACACCACCGAUCUCUACACACGCGCUUUCCAACUUAUUCAUUUAUGUUUCUUUUUGAAAUUAAUUGAUAACAAAGUACAAACAGUUUCGGUCGUACAUAAGUUUAGUAUCCCACGAUUAUCUCAAUAUUUUUUUUUCAAUAAAUCUCACCAUUGGGUGUAUAACAACGUCAAAGCCUUGAAAUCUAUCAAGUCGCUCAAAUCUAACGAAAAAUGUUGAGGUACACGAAUUUAGUUUUUCUUGUGACAAUCGUUUUAAUUGGUUUAUCAACAGUGGCUGUCAACAGUGGGCCAGCACAAAAACUACCAAAGCACUACAAGAAAUGCAAAAGGAGUGAUCCUGAUUUGAACAACUGUCUAAAAGGAGCCAUCAAGGGUAUUCUUCCAGAAUUAGUGAAAGGUAUCCCUAGUUUGGGAGUGUGGCCAUUGGAUCCACUCAGCAUUCAGAAUUUGCAAAUCAAGCAAGGAUCAGGACCAGUCAGUAUAGAUCUCACAUUCAUCAACAUCAACAUGACUGGCAUAAGAAGUUUAGAUUUGAAGACUGUUGAUGCUAAUUGGGACAAGUACAGUCUUGAUUCUACUGGUGAUUUGAGCGAGCCUAUCAUUCUAGAAGGAGAUUACAAAAUUGAUGGAAAAGUUUUGAUCUUGCCUAUAUCUGGAACUGGAAAAUGCAAGCUCACCCUUGAUGACGUGACGGCAUCUAUGGGUCUCAGAGGCAAACAGAUUAUGAAAGAGAACAAAAUCCACAUGGAUGUUCAAAAAUUCGACUUCAGGUUCAACACCACCAGAUUGCAUCUCUAUUUCGGAAAUCUAUUCAAUGGCGAUAAAGCCCUAGGUGACAAUAUGAACACAUUUCUGAACCAGAACUGGAAUGAUAUACUCAAAGAAUUGAAGCCUGCCAUUGAAGAGGCGUUGGGAGAAGCCUUCCGCGAGAUUUCGAAUAGAGUAUUCCUCAAGGUUCCUUUCAACCAGAUUGUUCUGGACUAGAGCAAGCCUCUCAGCUCCGUGAAUUCAACCUGCUAUCCUAGAAUUUCACUUUAUAAUUUAAUAAAAAUCAUCACAACGUUGCCAGACAACGAAAUACUGUGAGACGCAGACAUCAUUCGAAAGUCCACCUUUUUCAAUAUUUUAUGUGCUCUACAAUCUACAUUAUACCAUGAAAAAUCAAUAUCAUACUAACUUUGAACUUCUUAUGAUUUUUAUUAUACGAAUGAGUUGCAAAUACUAUCAAUGGUCGUUACAAAUAGGCUUGCAGAUUGCAGCCUUCCUACAGCCUAAUCCUACAUAGUUCAUGACUUUCUUUCAAAUUCUCUUAUCCUGUUUCUAAAAGGCUGAUAAAUUAUAAAGUAUGUAAUAAUUCAAUGUGAUAAUGCUUCAUUAUAAUUACAGUACUGUAAUUAUUAUAAUCAUUUAUCUCGA